GUCGAGCACGAAAGCAAAGAAACAGGAAGAAGAAGAAGACGCGAUCUGUUCCACAAUGACUUCGACCAGGAGAUUGGGCAAGGAGCUUGAUGACAUCCGUAAAUCUGGGAUGAAGCAUUUCCGCAACAUCCAAGUGGAUGAAUCAAAUAUCUUGACCUGGCAAGGGCUCAUUGUUCCUGACUGUCCCCCAUAUGACAAAGGAGCGUUCCGGAUUGAGAUCAUCUUCCCGGCAGAGUACCCCUUCAAGCCACCCAAGAUCACCUUCAAGACAAAAAUCUACCAUCCCAACAUUGACGAGAAGGGUCAGGUCUGCCUGCCGAUCAUCAGCGUGGAGAACUGGAAACCAGCCACAAGAACCUGCCAAGUGAUCCAGUGUCUCAUUGCUCUGGUGAACAUCCCUCAGCCCGAGCACCCGCUGAGGGCAGACCUGGCAGAGGAAUACACUAAAGACCGCGCAAAGUUCAUGAAGAAUGCCGAGGAGUUUACAAAGAAACACAGUGAAAAGCGACCUGUAGACUGACGACACAGCAUUGACACUCACGGCUGUUGGCCUCCUUUCUGUUUCCUAUUGAAAGAGCUCGCCCUGACUCUCUGUUCUUAUCUCUAAACCACACAGAGAUGCCCUGUUCUCGCAUACCUGCAUUGUUUUAGCACUCUCCAGCCACUCCUUAAUAGAGGCUUGUGUUUCUGUUUCCCUUUGCCAAAAAAAAAGCAGGACUUUUUGGUGAAUAGGCAGGCUCUGGCCUCUAGGUGUCACCUUUUGGUUUGUUAAUGACUUCUU